GAACACAUUUCGAAGAAAAAAAAAUGUGUACGGUUCUGAGCUCGCUCAUGCUCGAAACCCUCGUCUCCCCGGUCUGAUCCUCUAUUGCCGAAACCCUAGUCCAUGUCCCUCCUCUACCGGUUUCGCCCUGAAUCAUCGCCUUUGUGAAUUAACCCUCGGGAUACAGAAGCGAUAAGAGCUAGCUGGUAGGGCAACCAAGGGAUUGCGGAGUACAGAGCAUAGAAACUCCCAUCUUUCUCAUCAUUCCGCUCCGCUUCUAACAGAAGCCAUUGAGGAAGUUGUCCAGAAUUAAGAUGAGCGAAGCGGAUGACGCCGCCCGCCGUCGGAGCGUGGUGAACGAGUAUCGUAAGAAGCUUCUCAACUACAAGGAGCAAAAUUCCAGGGUCCGAACUGUUAGGGAGAACCUGAGAAAUGCAAAGAAAGAGUUUUCCAAGACCGAAGAUGACUUGAAGUCCCUCCAAAGUGUUGGUCAAAUUAUUGGAGAGGUUCUUCGACCUCUUGAUAAUGAACGUUUGAUAGUUAAGGCUAGCAGUGGUCCUAGAUAUGUUGUUGGUUGCAGAAGCAAAGUUGAUAAAGAUAAGCUGACAUCUGGGACUCGUGUGGUUCUUGACAUGACCACCCUUACAAUAAUGCGUGCUCUUCCUCGAGAGGUUGACCCUGUUGUUUACAACAUGCUUCAUGAGGAUCCUGGUAAUAUAAGCUAUUCAGCUGUUGGUGGGUUAUCUGAUCAGAUUCGGGAACUUCGCGAGUCCAUCGAAUUACCAUUGAUGAAUCCCGAACUUUUCCUUAGAGUUGGUAUUAAACCUCCAAAGGGUGUUCUUCUUUAUGGACCCCCUGGAACUGGAAAAACCUUACUGGCCAGGGCAAUUGCGAGUAAUAUCGAUGCCAAUUUUCUAAAGGUUGUAUCCAGUGCCAUUAUUGACAAAUAUAUUGGAGAAAGUGCUAGAUUGAUAAGGGAGAUGUUUGGUUAUGCAAGAGAUCACCAACCAUGCAUUAUUUUCAUGGAUGAGAUUGAUGCCAUCGGCGGUCGCCGUUUUAGCGAGGGAACUAGUGCUGACAGAGAGAUUCAAAGAACGCUAAUGGAGCUUCUCAAUCAGUUGGAUGGAUUUGACCAACUUGGAAAGGUUAAAAUGAUCAUGGCAACAAAUCGUCCUGACGUUCUUGACCCAGCCCUUCUCCGUCCGGGCCGUUUGGACCGGAAGAUAGAGAUUCCCUUGCCAAAUGAACAAUCCAGGAUGGAGAUUCUUAAGAUUCACGCAGCCGGUAUUGCAAAGCAUGGCGAAAUAGACUAUGAAGCAGUUGUCAAACUAGCCGAAGGGUUCAAUGGUGCCGACCUUCGAAAUGUUUGCACUGAAGCGGGGAUGUCAGCAAUUCGUGCUGAACGUGAUUAUGUAAUUCAUGAGGACUUCAUGAAAGCCGUGAGAAAGCUCAAUGAGGCAAAGAAGCUCGAGUCCAGCGCGCACUACAAUGCAGAUUUUGCAAAGGAGUGAAGCUCAGAUUCCCUGCUGCAUUCAUUUUUUUUUCUUCUGAUUUCUUCCUUAUAUAUCCAGUUACAAUGACCUGAAACUUAACGCCAAGCAUUUAUGCUUAUGCAUUUAAACUAUACUGCCCUUCACUUAAUGAUUUGUAUGAAUCCUGUGCCGCGGGCUUCUCUGUUACUUCAUGCUUUUGCGCCUUAUAUUUGAAUUAUCAUCUUUUUCCAGCUA